AUGGAAAGAGAAGCACUACUGCACACCUCUUCUUCUCCGAAAAAUUCCGAGUUAAGUUCCCCAACAAAGAGGCCUUCAAAAUCGCUACUUAUAAUAUUUGCUCUGACAAAUGUCGCAUUUCUCAUAUGCUUUUCAAAAAUUAAAUUUUCGACUGGAGGAACAGAAGUGACAAAAAUUGCUAGACCAGAAGUUAUUGUUAAAGUACCCACUGAAAUAUCAACAACAAGUACAGCUCUGUCAUCCACUAGUCAAUUUAUUAGCAGCACGAAUGCUCCAGCUCCGCGUAGCCCUGAAAAUAAGAUUUUCCCUCAAAACUCAACUGAUUGUCCUUACGAACAAUGGAACCAAGUAAGAACAGAUUUUAUUCCAAACAUGAAUUUCCAUAAAAAAUUGUCCAAAAAAUGGAAAUCUGAUUUCAAAUAUUUAUAUCACACAUUACCUUCUGCUGGUGCGGCUUUUGUACAUGAAGAUCAAAUUGUUGUAACCUUAACUGCAGAGAAUCAGGUUGACGAUACCGUGUACUGCCGAUAUUAUGAUUGCCGGCGGAGAGAAAUUAUGGAUCCCUUCAAAAGUACAAUUUUCCCAAGGUGUACAGUUUUUUGUCCGCGACGUCCCGGUACGAAGUUCAUCACAAUUUCAAAGGAUUUGAAUGAAACACUCGAAUAUUCAAUUCCAAUCGUUCCCAGACUAGAAAAGCCACCACACUACUUUACUGUUUGUAUGGCAACUCUCUACGGAGAUGAGCCAAAAUUCCUGCAAAUUGUGGAUUUUAUAGAGUACCAUAAGCUGCAAGGAGCAACGUUUUUCCACAUUUAUUUGAGAAAUGUUUCGGAUUAUGACAGAGUGUUACUAGACAAUUAUGUUAAAACUGGUGACAUUGAAUUAAUAACUUUGCAAGACCAUUUUUGGAGAGCCGACUAUAUGUGGCAUCAUGGUCAAAUUAAUGAUUGUCAUCAUCGUAGCAAGCACUUCUCGAAAUGGACGGCACUAAUCGAUAUUGAUGAGAGGCUGGAAAUGAAGAGUGACAAAUUUAAAACAGUCGUUGAUUAUUUGGACUCAAUUCAGGAUGAUUCAAUUUCGAGCCUGCGUUUUCGGGUAAAAUGGGUUAUGAAGCACAACUAUACACCUGCCAGAUACGAAAAUGAAACACAGCUUCAAAGUGAAAUGAUCUUCCAUAAAUAUCAAAAUACUUCCCAACUCGGUCGUGAACGGGAUCAGCCGAAAUGCAUUAUUCGUCCGGAAAAUGUUGCGAUGAUGUCGAUUCACGGGCCAAAAGAUAUGUAUAAAGGUAAAAAAAAGAUCGUGGUACCAGAAGACACUGGGUUCAUAAGGCACUAUCGCAAUGUGGAAAAUAAAAUUUUUGCACACGGAUAUAAGAAAAUGAUGUCACAUGCUCCGUUCAACAUUUCCCCAAUUGAUCAUGAUAUUGAUAAAGAUUUAUCGAAAAAAAUUAUGGACCGUGUAAAGUGGACUUAUGAAAUUGUGCAACCAACUUGUGAACAGAAAGCGAAAAUGUAUAGAGUCGAGUCUACCAGUCCUCCUUGCAACAAUGAAACGAAGAAUUUGAAUUGAAAAUGAUAAUGAUAAUAAAACAGAUUAUAAUUGUUUUGAAGCUGAAUUGAUUUUAUAUAAAAAUUGCCUAAUCA